GACUUGCGCGCAGACGAGCAACAGAUCUGCGCGCAUGCGCAGUCCAUUGUUUUGACUGAAAAUGCCGUCGGUUUCGAAAACGGCGGCCAACGCGUCCCCUCAAACCGAGAAACCGACCCACUAUACAUACUUGAAGGAGUUCCGCACGGAGCAGUGCCCGUUGUUCCUCCAGCACAAGUGCACGCAGCACCGACCCUUCACGUGCUUCCACUGGCACUUCCUCAACCAGCGGAGGAGGCGACCCAUCCGGAGGAGAGACGGGACCUUCAACUACAGCCCCGACGUGUACUGCACCAAGUACGACGAGACCACCGGCAUCUGCCCCGAUGGAGACGACUGUCCUUAUCUACACCGGACAACUGGUGACACAGAGCGCAAGUACCAUCUCCGCUACUACAAGACUGGCACUUGUAUCCACGAGACGGAUGCUCGAGGGCAUUGUGUGAAGAAUGGACUACACUGUGCUUUCGCUCACGGGCCACAUGACCUCCGACCUCCAGUCUACGACAUCAGAGAGAUUCAAGCACAAGAGGCCCUUCAAAAUGGGCAGUUGGGAUCUGGGGAAGGUAUCCCAGAUCUGCAGCCCGGUGUGUUAGCCAGCCAAGCUAUGAUUGAGAAGACUCUGACCGAAGACCCCCGGUGGCAAGAUACCAACUUUGUUUUAGCCAACUACAAAACGGAUCAGUGUACGAAGCCCCCGAGGCUUUGCAGACAGGGCUACGCGUGCCCCCACUACCACAACAGCAGAGAUCGAAGAAGAAACCCCAGGAAGUUUAAGUACCGGUCGACUCCUUGUCCCAACGUGAAGCACGGGGACGAAUGGGGCGAACCCUCAAAGUGUGAAAGUGGAGACUGUUGUCAGUAUUGUCACUCUCGUACUGAACAGCAGUUUCACCCUGAGAUCUACAAAUCUACCAAAUGCAACGACAUGCGGCAAACCGGCUACUGUCCCAGAGGACCGUUCUGUGCGUUCGCACACGUAGAAAGAAUCCCCUCCACAGAAGAGACCAUGAGCUCACUGCUCACAGUGAUUCAGUCCGGCUCGCAGCCGUAUUCAGAGGGUCCAGUGAGCGAGUGGAACAGCGGAGGAAACUCCGCCACCAGCAGCAACGGACGUCUCAUGUGCACUUCCCUCUCUCUGGUUUCACAUUCUAAUCGCUCGGGAAGCGACAGUUUGUUGUCCAUCAGCAGGCCCAAAUCUAGUGCUAGUUUAUGUUCAGAGUUCAACACGUCCAGUGUGUCAUCUCUGACGUCUAACUGUCCCAGAGCCUUUGAACCUGAGGACCAGAUCAAAAACAAGGGGCUGGUGGAUCACAAAUUAAUAGACCAAGAAAAACAGACACAGAAUCCUCUAUUCUCUGCGGUGAACCCUUUGGCAUCCAGCUUUACCUCCAGCAUCACCUCCAGCUUGGCCUCCAGCGUCGGCUCAGACAGUUCUUCACCCACCACCUUAUCAACGAUGAAUGCAAAAGCCACUCCGUUCUAUCCGGGGAGCAACACCGUGGAGUCUGUCAUAGGAUCCGCUUUGGACCUCAACUUCAGUGACAUUAAUGUCGCCUCCCUCGAUAAGGAGUUAGAGGAGCAAGACAGCAGCGUGGGACUCGCCAGUCAAAGGGCGCUCGGUGGCUCCGCCCCGGUCAACAUUCCCGGCUCCUUGGCUCGAUCGUCCUCCUUCAACUCCUCGUCAUCGCUCUCCACCUCGCCGCUGAGCUCCCUCUCCCAGUCGCUGUCGCAGUCCCUGCUGUCCGCCGCCAUAUCGCACCAAAGUCAACCGUCAAACAUGUUGGCCAAGCAGGAGCGCGGCCUCCUGGGAAACCCCGCCUCCUCUUCCCAGAAUUCCUUGGGCUUGAAUGGAGGGGCUGGCAGCAUCUGGGACUUUGUGAGUGGCAGCUUUUCACCGAGUCCAUCUCCAGUUUUCAGCAGCCUAACCCCCGCGACCAGCAGCGGCGAUCUGGCCCGCCUCUUCAGAGACCUGGACGAGGCCAAACGGAAGAUCAAACAGUGGGAGGAGGCCUGGCAUCAGGUCAAACAAGCCUGUGAAGCUUGCCAGAAGGACGCUCACGAGGCAAAGGAGCAGGCGAAAGCCUCCGAGGCCGAGCGGCAGCUGGCGGAACAGAAGCGGGAGGAAACGGGGCGCAAGCUGAAGGAGCUCCAAGGGGACUUUGACGCGCUGUGUCGCGCCCCUGGAACACCUCUUCUCCGUAGCUAUAGAGAGCUGGACAAGCUGCCCUUGUCAAAGCUACACUCCCUCCAGAGUCAGCUGCGUAGUGACCUAGACCUUGUAGACGGGGUAAUAUAUCAGCUUCAGUCAAAGAAAUGUAUAGUUUGCCAAAAGCACGAUCGCUGCGUUGUUCUGCAGCCGUGCCAACAUUAUGUGCUGUGUGAGAACUGUGCACCCAGUAAAACACAAUGUCCCUGUUGUAGAACAAAGAUAUUGAAGUGGUGAUGUACAAAAAGGUACUAUUUAAGGAUUUAGCCCUUUGAAAAACUACUCGACUAGACAUUACACUUUGUACAGUGAUUGAAUUGAUUUGGAACACAAUGAUGUUUAACUGAGACGGAAAAUAGUAUUAUGAAUCCGAUUGUGUACUGAGGAUUUAAUCAUUACACUUCUGGCUGCACAUUAACCCGACUCGACCCGAAUGGAACGGCAAACACUCAAAACAGAAUAUAUUUUAUUAUCAGUCACUCUAACGAGCGCGCUUCUCGUGUCCAGCUAUCAAAACAGCAGUUGCAUUUUUCAGCGAUACACUUUGACAACGCGACACAUACUCAUACUCAUGCUCACACAGUAAAACAGCAAAUGGGAUUGAUGAACUUUAGAAGGUUAAAAGUUGUACACUUAAAGAAAUUAAUGCGUAUACGUUUGUGUUCUUCUUCCCUUGUGUUUGGAUGUUAAUGGUUUGGAAAUCCUUUGGAAUUAUUGUGUAUGAAACUCUGAUCUGUCUACAUUUAAUGCACUUAAAAGUUCACCCGGAGAAAAAUGGAAGGUUUUUCAAAAAGAUACUAAAGAAAUAUGCAUUUGAAAAGGUUUUUAUAGAUCGUAUCAUCACAGAUUAUUAUAUUUGAAGAACGAAAUACAAGACGGAAAACCUACUCACUGUAACUUCAUAUUAUAUCUUAAGUGAAAAGUUCUAGUUUUAAAAUUAGGUCUAAAAAAAAUCUCCCGUGUCUUUCUCCUGCCGUAAGUCCUAUGGUCAUUUUUCACUUCGCUCUCUCUUUAUGGAGCAAAACAUUGUUAAGCCACAAAUGACCUGAGACGCAGAGAAAUCAAUGUGUGAACAUGCGAAACACACUGCCAGGAAAUGUAACGUUCACUCGCUCUCUAAUGUUCAAAAACAUCCUCAAAGCAGAUUUUCGUGAGUUAAAGAGGAAUAAAAUUAAUCAAAGAAUUCACUCGGGAGCUUUUAGAACCAAAUCAAGAAACCAGAUACCCCGAAACCGGAAUGAGCCCGAUGCUAAAUGAGGAAGCGAUGUUUCAGUCUGAACGUGCAGGAUGAAAAGCGUGUGCUCGUACCUCUGGCGGAGCGCGCAGCUGCCAAAAGCAACGCGUGAAACGUGUCGAUGAGCGACUUUGUUCCUCCACAAAGUGCUGGAACACGUUUAGAAGCUCCGAGGAACCAACACACACUCGCCCCCGAAACUAUGGGGAGUAAUUAAAGAAGAAAAACACAUCUGCGGCCAAAGUAUUACGCCACUAUUAUGCAGGUUGAUCAAAUAUUUCACAUUAAAAAGGGUAUGAAUGCUGAAGCACAUCUGCGUCUGCAUCAGGGGAGAAGAAAAUCCCAGUAACCACGGAGACGAGAACCAGUAACACAUCGUUGUGUUCCUCUUUAAGUAAAGCCACAUUUUACAUCAUUCAGUUUGAUUUGAUAUUAAAGCACUUUGUUGACCUGGGACUUUAUUAAAGGGUAUAUAGAAAUUUGCUUUAAGCUGCUUUGUAGGUAUUCUUUUGAUGUUUUUCUUCUUUUUUUUUUUCUUUUUUUUUUCAAGAUUUAUAUAUUUUUUCUAUAUAAGCUAAUGUCUGAAGCUUUCGUGUGUACUGUGAAAAAUAAUUUGGAUAUUUCAUGUUUCCUAUUGUAAAAUCAUGGCAUGGUUCUACAUAUUAUUAAGAUUUCAUAGAAAAGUACUUGGUUUCUACUUUCAUAGUUAGAUUUAUAAAAUUUCAAUCAAAUAAGUGCAAAUUUAAAAUGUAUUUUAGGCAUAACCAGCAGCUGUACUAUCGAUAUGCUACAUGUGAGGCUGUAAUUCAAUCAGUUAGUUCUUUUUUUGUAGACAUUUAUAUAGCCUAUCGUAUUAUAAAAGCAUGUGUUGUAUUUGCUGAAAGCCUGAGAUGGUGGAUUUUGUAGGUAUCGAGUCUCUUGACCUUGUCUAGAACAUAUCGGCCUCUUAACUCUAAAGUGCCUUGCCGUGGUUGAAAAGGUCGCGUGUAGAACUGUCCGCAGCGGAAGCUCAUGCAAAGGCUUUCUGCGAAACGCGUCUUGUUCCACUUUGCAGAAACAUUGUGUGUGUCAAUAGAUCCGUGUAUGUAUAAAAAAAAUAUGCCAGUGUAUUUUAUAUGAUCGAGUGUUUCUGUGGCGGAUAAGUGAACACAAGCGUUGUCCCGACUUCGCGAUGAACGCCCCCCUCCGCCCGACCCCUCCGCCCGCUCACCCCUCGGUCGUGGUGCUCUCUUGGUGCAGCUCGGUCUUUUGAAAUUAGGUUUUUUCCAAUUCCGCGUUUUUUGGAGUAUGCAAAGAGGACGGACGCAUUUCUAUUGCAACGUGGCGUCUUUUCAGACGGUGACUUGUGUGACGUUUCUGCGGUCAAUGAAGAAUUGCGUAGUUGUAAAUGGGACAGGACUUGUUCUGGGUUCCUCUAAUUGAAAAGACCUUCUACUGUGUAUUCAAAAACAAACAACCCUUUUUACUCUUGCGUUAAAUUCAAUAGAAAAUCCUGUAUCUCUUUUGCUACUUCUAAAUAUGGAAAAAUGCCUCGUUUACACACAUUAGAUGACAAUUAAGCAACUCAGAGGAAAAUAAUCCAGACUGGUUUUGGUAUUUCAGCAUUUAUAUGGUUUGUGACUUCAUUGUAUUGCAGCUUAAGGCGGGCUUGUCCUACGUCUGGUGUUGCAUGUAUGCGAUAUAUUAACCAGCUACAACAACAAAAAAAAGGAGAAAAAAAGUUUGCACUGUCACACUGCCAGAAUAUUUGUAUAGACUUAUUUUCAGUGUAGUAAAGGCUCAAUAACUUCUGCCAGCUUUGCUGCUACUGGAAAAGGUAUUAAUGUUUGAUGUUUGAAUGUUGUUGUGCAUCCACAGCUCAGACUUCACAAACCUACGAAAUAAUCUCUCUUCUGCAUCCAAUCUCACUCGGUUGAAUCAUUGUAAAUGUCGCUGAGACUGACGCCACCCCCGCCCCCCCGUUCCGCGUUUAGAGUUCAAUUUAAUGUGCACGUUGGUCGAACCACGAUACCGAUGUCUAGCGUGGGAAUCUAACAGUCAACCAAAGUGGUGUUCAAGUAGCUCUCUGAAUACAGGUGUUUCUAAGAGGAGACGGAAGCCCGGUCGGGGGACGGGGGGACGGGGGGGUCUCCGGGUGGGUUUUUGCUUGUAUUUCCUCGUAUGGAGGUGACAACAGGACUAUGCCAUUGACUUUUGCUUACAACAUUAUUCGUGGACGUGAGCCAAUUCUUUGCAGUUUUACCAAAGACUUGAACUGUUACUUCUUUGUUGCUACAUUUCGUCAUUUGUUUUUAUCUCAGUAAGAAACCCCAAGUUGAUUUAAAAACCCUAAUCACCUAGUACCUUAAAUAGAUAACGUUCAUUGACAGCAAUUAAUGGCAUCUUUUUCUAUCUUAACUGAGCUGUAGUGAGUCGACGCAGAAUUGAUUUGAACUUCACGGAACGCGCGUUUGUGACUUUGCUUUGUGUUAAUUCUACAUUGACGUACAUUGAGGUUUGUGCGGCGCGCUGGCGAGCACAUGUGAGCAUUCGGUCGGUAUAAAUGUCGUCUACAGUGAAGCAGUGUGUGCAUCUGAAGUGGCCAUAAUCACCUUUUUUAGUUUGUUGAUGGUUGUGCAUUAUAUGCUGUUGUGAGGGGCCUGCAGCGACCGGAAGGGGCUCGGUGGUUUUUAUUCCUCCAAGCGGUGGUCCAGUUGAGUUUUAGUUUUUGUAAAAUGUCUGUGGACAGGUGAUGAUUGUGAGGAACAUUAAUGGCAGAUACAGACAUGAUUAAAACAGAUUUUUUUGUUGUUGUUCGUAUGUUGUUGUCGGUCUCUCAAGUGGUCUACAUGCCCCCAAUUCAAGUGAAAAAAAAAGACCGAAAUGGAACAAAAAUCCCUUGAUGAGCACAGCUUUCAUUUCUUUAGAUCUGUUGAAUUGAAUUCAAACGGCCCGGCGACUUUUUCAAGUACAACUGUGCCUUUUUUUUUAUUAUCGUUUUGAUUGGCAUGAAGACGAUAUGUCUCAGUGACACAGUGUUUGCUCUCAGUAAGAUGGCAAAAUGCAACAUGCUUAAUUAGAAUCAAAAUUCCAGUGCCUUACGCCAUCUCUGUGGACCGCCGUGUGUUUGCUAAACGAGCCUCUAGAUUAAGGAGGAUUAAGGAUCCCAUAGAACGAGAUCCGCUUUUAUGAGCCACAAACGAGGACGCAGCGGUUCUAAAUGACUGAUGAGCGCCGGUCUCGGUCUGUAUUUGCCAUACCACUUUAAAAAAAAAAAAACUGCAAUACUUAACCGUUGAAUACACUAUUUUGAUCUCAAUAAGUCAUUUAGCACCAAAAAGUCGGUUGUUUGUAAGAAAAGCACCAAAUAAGACUCGUGUAAAUGAACUGUAGUAGAUGAAUCGUUACACUGCUUUGAAUAGUUGAAUCUAUCUCGCGUUAUUGUCAGUAGUUGUGUUGUCUUUUUGUUUUUAAUAUUAUCAAAAUGAAGCCUGACAAUUUAUGCAAUCUUGUACAUGUAUAUGAUGAUGUAUGGAGCUUUUCAAAUUAGGUAAAAUACAGGUGUUGUCUAAAGUAAAUGAUCUGAAUGUGGAACCAGUUGUUCCAUACACUUAAGAAAGAAUUUCAGUAGAAAUGUUAUUUUAACAUUGAAGCCCUGAAAUAUUGAAUGUAUCGUUCUAAAUUAGAUAUUAAAUGAACAGUUCACUGGAUAUUGUGGAGCUCAGUUAAUUCCUUUUGAUGUAGCAUCUAGUUGUGAAUUGCUAUUCAAUAAAAUGUAUUAGUACUAAAACAAA